ACAAAUAUAUCUUCAUGUACUAAUUACUUCCUUUAGUUACAUUUAUUUUUCAUAGAUUCAUCUCUAGUUUUUCUCAUAGAGGGUUCUCUAUCUUCCUCUUUAAUUUUCUUGCCGUCGAAGUUAAAUAUACAGUAAUAUUCUUGAAAAAAUGGGAAAAGCCAUUGGCAUUUUAGCAUGUUUCUUGAUUGUGGCAUUGGAUGUCACUGCCGGAAUUCUUGGAAUCAAGGCUGAAGCUGCUCAAAACCAGGAAAAACAUUUGAGGCUAUGGAUAUUCGAGUGUAAGGAGCCAAGCCAUGACGCUUUCGUCCUAGGUUUAGCUGCGGCCAUACUUCUCGGUCUGGCUCAUGUUAUUGCUAAUUUGAUUGGAGGGUGCAAUAUUUGCAAUCGAGAGGAUCUCCGCAACGCGUCCCCGAGCAACAAAUUGUCACUCGCUUGCCUUGUUUUCACUUGGAUAAUCGUGGCCGUUGGAAUGUCGAUGCUGGUGAUAGGAACGAUAUCAAACAAAAAAUCAAGAGCAUCAUGUGGUUUCACACAUCACCAUUUUCUAUCAACCGGAGGAAUUUUGUGCAUGGUACACGCAGUCUUUUCCGUCGCGUAUUAUGUUACUUCAACUGCCAUUAUGCUCUAGGCUCCAAUUGGUUCAUGGAUUUCAAAAUAACGAAAAUAAAAAUGUAAAGGAAAAGGAAAUCAAGGACUUUUGAAAUCCUAUUUGUGUUGGUUCCUAAAUAAAAUGGUGAUGAAAAAGACUUUGUGGAAAAUUAUUUUCCUCACUUU